AUGAUCACGGACAUGCAGCCCGCCACCUUCACCAACAUGCUGGGCGUGUUGCUUUUCUUGCUUGUGGCUCUCUAUUACUAUGUAGCUGUCAACAAUUCCAAGAAACAGGAAUGA